UGUCCUCAGUACCAGGCAGUCACAGCCAGACCUUAAGUGAUACAAUCAGCUCAUUGUGCCAGAAGCACCAGCAGCACCUACGGGACUUUCUCAAGGUGACAGAGUGAGAGAGGAGAGAGAGAGCCGAGACAGCAAGAUCAUACAAAGUAAAAGUCAAUUCCGAUCCAAGAUCAGAUAGACUUAUCCACAUCACUCAUGGCAUCAGAGCAAUUAGUAUGUUUGGAUAACUGUCCAGCCCUAAAAGAUAAUCAUCCUCAUGACCCGGGAAACUCACAACUCAUCGAGAUCUCAGGUGUGACUCAAUCCUCUCAGUGCCUUCUACCAACUGAACACACGGGGGCGCCACAGUCACAGUCAGCUCCAGUUACAGAGCAGGAGAUAACAGUGGGGCAUGGGGGAGUUAAAGAUACACCUGCAGAGGGACAUGUGGGGGGGACAGGACAGGUGAUAGAGGGGGAAGAUUUAGAUGCACAAGUGACUGGAGAAGGGGCAGACACAGAAGGGAAGGGUAAUGGAAGGAAUAGCAGUGGGCACAUGAUAGAAGGGGGCCCGGGUGAAACGACGCGGCUGAAACAAGAGGAGAGGGACACAUGGGUGCAGGGAACAAGUGAAGACGUUCUGGUGAUAGAUGGGGAAUCAGGGCUACCUGAGCAACUCAUAAACAUACAGGUGUCAGACCCUGAAAGGCCUGGGGUACCUGAACCUCUCAUACAGCCACAUACACAGGAUCAUGGGGCUGAGAAGUCAGUGAACAUCCCACAGGUGAUAGGGGAGGAAGGGCCUGGGGUACCUGAGUUGCUCAUACAAGUGCAUACAGAGGGUCCAGAGGCGGAGGAAGAAGUGCACACCUCACAGGUGAUAGGGGAGGAAGGGCCUGGGGUACCUGAGUUGCUUAUACAAGUGUAUACAGAGGGUCCAGAGGCAGAGGAAGAAGUGCACACCUCACAGGUGAUAGGGGAGGAAGGGCCUGGGGUACCUGAGUUGCUUAUACAAGUGUAUACAGAGGGUCCAGAGGCGGAGGAAGAAGUGUAUACCUCACAGGUGAUAGGAGAGGAAGGGCCUAAGCUACCUGAGUUACUCAUACAAGUGUACACAGAGGGUCCAGGGGAGGAAGAGUCAGUGCACACCUCACAGGUGAUAGGGGAGGAAGGGCCUGGUGUACCUGAGUUGAUCACACAGGUGCAUACAGAGGGUCCAGACGCAGACGAGGAAGUGCACACCUCACAGGUGAUAAAAAAGGAAGGGCCUGAGUUGAUUAUACAGGUAGAUACAGAGGGUCCAGAGGAGGAGGAGUCAGUGCACACCUCACAGGUGAUAGGGGAGGAAGGGACAGGAACAGCUGAAGUAGGAACAGAUGGAAAGGCAAGUGACUCAAGUGAGGAAGCUGAGAAAGAGGUGACACCUAAUCCCUGUGCCGGCCCUUGCUGGGAGGGGACAGUAGAUACAGAGUGCUCUGCAGCCCGCUGGGAGAGGGAGUGCACCGGUAGAGAGGUGAAGACAGACCCAACUGGGCAGGGAGACACUCAGACUGGGACAGUCACUGAGAGAAGACAGUGCCACAGUGCAGCAGCCAUGAAAGAGAGGGAGAUCCAGACAGAGGGGGAUGCCCAUAUCUUCGAGACCCCCAUAGAAAGGGAGAUUCGGUUGGCUAUGGAGAGAGAGCAGAUGCUACGGCAGGAGAGGGGCAUCAGUGGCUCAGUAGGGCAGCCGGAGCUGGUGGAAGUGCGGAGGAAAAUGAUAGUGGGGGAGCCGCUGGCAGGAGUGGGCAAGGAACGGCAGUUGGCUGGGGCACAGAUGCUAAGGGACAUCCAGCAGGAGACGCGCAGAGAACAAGACCUGGUGGACCAGGGGAAGGUGAUGGGGGCCUAUGAUCGGGGCCAACAGCAGGAGGUGCAGGAGAAGAAGAUGCUGUUUGAGAGCAUGGUUACAGUGUCCUCCGACUCUCCCAUCAAGAAAAGACAAAGUGAGUCUCAAGACUACCUGGAGCCUGAGUUUGCUGAAUUUGUGGUCCUGGGAACUUCACCAGAAGCUUCCAUUUUGGAGGUUAAAAAGGGACCUUCCUUUACAGAGGCUAAUGGAAGCAAUGUUAUAAUCAUAGAGCACAGUUCCUUGCUCCGUCGACCUGCAUCUAUCAGUCCCUUAGACUCGCCCCCUGUGGUGCCAACACCUCCAUCUUCUUUUCGGGGCGUAUCUCCAGUCCCAGCAGUAGGGAGCCCAUACUUUAUGCUCAACUCCCCCAGCCCUCGCUCUCUGCUGGAGAGAGAAAUUGAAGAGGUGCAGCAGAGGGAGAAAGAACUGCGAAGGCAAAGGAGUAGCAUCUAUGGGAAGGAGGCCCUGGAGAUCACCAUCAAAGAACAAGAGAAUCGAGAAGACAUCGAGUCUGGAAUAUAUCAACCAGAGCGGCCAAAUUGGAGAAAACUGGAAGUUAACUGGCCCCCAAACCGAGAGGAGUCGAUGAAUGGUGUAGCAUCUGAGGAGGUCAAAGAAAGUCCUCGACUUAGUAGACAACGCAGCCUUCUCAUCCAAAGCUGGGAAUCUGGCAACCCAACCCCUCGGGAUGAGCAGUAGAAAGGACCUAAGAUACCGCCGCACUGAAUAUCUUGUUUUGUCUGGAAUCCUGCAGACUUUAUAAAUGACACUGCCCCUUUUUUCCUGUUUGUCUCUGUUAUCGCUGCUUUUUAUGACAUCACUACAUGACAUCACCGAGGCACACUUUGGCCAUCUGGCUCCGCCUGCUGCACUACAUUAUCAGUAUCUAAUCUGCCAAUCAAACCUUUUUGUAAUCUAUAAUAGAGCUAAUUUAUAAUAAAUUAUUCAAAUUUC